AAAAACUAUGUCGGCAAAAAAUGCCGCCUGCUCUAUGAGGAAAUGCCCACUGUGUACCUUUACCAAAUUGCUAUAGAUUGUAAACUAUCUCUUUUUUUUAGGUACUACUACAACGGCCGUCAGUACCUUUACCACGCUCACUACCUCUUCGACGACAGCAACUACGAGUGCGUAGCUGAAACUUUACCGGUAUCGAUGUUGAAACCCAAGCCAGUCAUUUUUAGCGUUUUGAGUGCUUUGCAUACGGUAUUUCCAGCAGUGUGGCAAAGGUGAGUCGUGGAAGGUUUUUUCAGAGGUUUUUCAGGGGA